GCCCGAGAGCAAUCUCCCAACUCAUCUCUGUCCAUACUGUCGCUCAUGGAACUGAUACCCUAAGGAAUGUGCAUUUUUAGACUGGAGUAACCGUUCCGUGCAACACGAACAAACCCCUUACCUUCUUGCAUACGUCAGUAAUGACAAUUCUGUUGAUUUCUGCUGUUUCUCAUUGUGAUGGCGAUUUCUCUUAUCGCUCGACAUGUUCGUAAGAAAUUCAUGUUGCGUAGAUUAAUGCUGUAAGUGAAGCUAAGUGUUACUGUGUGGUUGUAUUCUUGGAGCUAAUUAUCUAAAUUUAUAAGGUGAUCAAGACAUGUUUUAAGGGUGGUCAAGGUUUGAUCAGCAUACAGUUUAAUGGAUACACUUAUGUGUCAUCUACUGUAGGAUUGUUUUGAUACUGGGCAAUGUUCGAUUUUGUACAGCCAUGUAAUUUAGGUCACGUCAAAAAUGCAAAAGAAAAAUCUUGUCAGUGAACAUUAAUCGACAAAGUGUUACCGGUGUUUAGAAUAUUAAAGUGUAGAGCAGAGGAUAGAGCUGUGUAAAGUGCUUAAGAAAUUAUGAGCUUAUGGAACGAACGUAGAUUAUUGAGCCAAUUGGGUUAAUAGAGUCAGAAGAAUAUGUCUGAAACUACAGAGAAAACAGAAGAAGAAGUUGGCUUUGUUCUUCCAGAUGACUUAAAUACUUUAGUCUAUAACCAGGAAGUUGUAGAUUACGUACUUUGCAAACCAAAACUGAUGCCACUGAAAUCUAUGACGUUACAGAAACUUGAAAAAAUGCAAAAAGAUGCCGAACUCAAACUGAAAGAAGCUAGAGAAUUGGAUGAUAAUACUAAUUCUAGUAAACAGUCCUAAUCACUUAAACGUUUACAUUCAUUUGUUCAACCAAGGAUGAAAAAGUAACAAAAUGUCUGUACGACCACUGCUAGUAGAAGUUAUAUUUGAAUUUUGUCUGGCAGCAUUUUUGUUGUAUAAAUAUGGAAAUGUUUUUCG